AUGGCAGGUGCAAUCCUCGUUCACACUUUUGCGUAUGCGUGUGGUUGGGGACCCAUUACUUGGGUUUUUUGUGCGGAAAUCUUUCCGCUCAAGUACAAAUCCAAAGCAAGUGGUCUGGUAACGUCUGCUCAUUGGGUUGGCUUUUACAUCGUGGUGAGGGCAUCCGGGCUGCUGUUGCCAGCAGUUGGUUUUCAGAUGUUUUGGAUUUUCGCGUUGUUCAACGCUCUCGGUGCGUUCGCCAGUGUCUUGAUGCCAGAGACUAAAGGCAAAACGCUCGAGGAAAUUCAGCUCAUUUUCGACCCCUGGUUGCGAGGGGAGGAGACUCCCCGUGAAGUGAUGAUCUGCGGACAGGACGAUUCUGAUUACGACAAUUACGAGUUGCGGGUGAAGCCUGUCAACUUCUGA